AGUAUUGAUAGAGAGCGGCAUCCUGAUGUGUGAUGCACAACACGUGGGUAAUUUUCAAUGGGUGUCUUUGGCAGCCAGUGAUGACUGGAUGAAAAUUCUUGGGAGUCAUGUAAUUUGUAGCCAAACAGGCGCUAUCCAAGAACUUGAUCUGUUCUGACACAGCCAAAGAAGUGAACAUUAUAUAGAUCAAUACAAAGAUAAACUACAUUUUUUUCAAGUUAGAUAGCUAGACCUAUUUCAUCAUGGAGGUUGUUUAAAAUCUGGCUGAAAAUACUUAUCUCAUUCAAAAAAUCUUUUCUUGUCCCAGCAAAGUGCACAGUGAAAAUGUGUCCUCAGUUCACCUGUGGGAUGUGGGGCUAGAAAGGAGUUCUUGGCAUUUGGUCACAAAUGUUUCAACUCAGAGAUAUCAGAAGGUAAGGCUAACUAUGGUUAAUGAUCUCAUCGUGACAAGGAGGUAGGGGCUGGGAGGAGUUAAAUUCUCUGAUGAAAUAUUUUAAAGUGAUCUUCAGUAUGCUUUGUCCAAACAUGCUCCUGCAGUUUUCCAUCCUGGCUCUGAUCUUCAUUACUUGUCUUCAUAAUUUGGAUGAGAGGCCCUUGAGGUUUGUGCAACAAAGGUUUGGAACCUGCACUGAAGUAACUCCACGAUAUCUUUGCAGUCCCUGAAGACAAAAAGGUAAAUCAUCAGCGGAAUGCGUGAUCUGCCAAGAUCAGUCUUACAUUGUAUCUUAAAACAAAGCGAAUUUCAUUAACAUUCUUUAGGCAGCAAGUCAGUCUGUUCUACUUCAGUUAUGGGCUGAAGAGCUGCAGGGAGUUGCUGCUUUUUUUUAUCUUUAAAGCAAGAAAGUACGUGCAAAUUGACAGCGUUAGAAAGUCUGUGUGUGAAAGGUCUAUUUGUGUCUUUUCAAAGACCAAGUUCCACAUCCCUUUUUAUCUUUUAUUGAUUAAGCAAUUCUUGUUAAAUUAAUGCACCUUGCAGAAGACAGUAUCAUGCAACGCUUCAAAAUAUCUUUUUGUUCACAUUUUUAAAAAACAGUGAUUGGAUUUAAUUUGCUAGGGUACGUGUGAAUUUUGCCCUCCUGUUUGCAAAUUAGUAGUAACUGCCUUGCCAGCUUGUUUUGUUGCUCUACAGAAGACUAUUAAUGGUGUGUCCAUGUGUUCAUAUGAAUGGAAUUUAUUUUGCGGUACCUACACUGCUGAGUAGCAGGAAUUCACUUCAGCAGUUUUGUUCUUCAUCCUUUCUGCUUCCAUGUAAUUUUGCUCUGAAGAAUAAUUACUACAGUGAUAAUCUAGCCAAUCAAUUUAUUCUGUUUCCAAUUUGUAGUGUUUGAUUUACAAAAGGAAAAGAUUCAUGGUGAUUCUGGUAUCAUAGUUAGGUUUUUAAGUGGAUGUAUCUUUUAGGUUUGGGAGUGGGUUUUUCUUGUCUUGCUCCCAGCCCCCCCCAGCAACAACAAACUCAAGAGCUUUAAGCAAAACUGUUUCAGCAUCUCUGUUUUGUUUUGUUUUGUUUUUCUGCACGAACUGGAACAAUAGUGGACAUCUCAAAAUCAAGCUGGUGAAAGAGGAUAUAGAGAGAGGCAACAUACAUAGGGAGGGUCAACUAAUGUGUGCAAACACUUAAUUGGCUCUAUCUCAUCCAAAGCUGCAGGUAAGAAUUCAGUGAAGUGUGCAUAACAAGCACACAGUUCUUUUCAUGGGUUUUUAAUGCCAAAGCAUUUGGCCCUCAUAAACUUGUGUUGUAGGCAGCAGCAAUGAUCAUAACUCUGCCUAGAGAAGGCCCAUUGUCUAUCUGUUCCUGCUGGCAUGUAGAGUUACAGCAGCCAUCUUCCCUUGUCCUGAGCUCUCCCUGUGAGGCCACUGACUUGUCCCAUACGUUUUUCAGUUCAUUCAAGUGUAGGUUUAGGAGUCCAAACAGUACGUGGUUGUCCUUGGUGUUUAUGGACUGUAUUCCUCCCGCUUGGUGUUGAAGAUCACUGAUGAUGAGCAUUUGAUUGCAUCUGUAAAAACUAAUUUUGACAGUGCUGAGAUGUUUACAGCUGCUUGUAGCUGAGCUUAUUAGUGGCUUAGCCCUCGUUAGCUGCCAGCUGUGAAAAAUCACAUACCAUAAUGUGCAUCUUACUAAAGCCUAGAAAAAUAUUCAUGAGAAGCAGCUGGGAACCUUAACUCGUCUGAUUCUUGUUAACCUCCCUCUACGUGCAACACUUUGCCAGAAUCUCCAGAGUGUGGCUAUCGCAUAAGAAAGUGAAAAAUAAAUCACAUGCCAGUUAGCAAAGCUAGUACCUGAAGUGAAGCUGUAAGCAGCUCAAAGCAUCUGAGAGAAAUCCGAGCUGAAUGGGUCUCUUGGAAUCUUUUUGGUUUUGUCCUAUAGGAAGAAUGUGGUUAUCAUUUAUAGCAUACAUUAGCAUCUUGCCAUAGUUUAUGUUGUAAGAAUUAUGUGCACCAUUUGGUGUCUGAAAUGCAGUAGAAGUAAUAUUGGAGCUCCCCUGAACUGCAGUGGGCUGUGAGUUGUGCCCUUACACUUUGGCAUCACCAAAUGCAUUAAUGUAAGCAUUUUUAAAAUGGAAAUACAAGCAAAUUUUGACUGUUGAAGACGAGUUGUGUUGAUGUGUAAUGAUUAAUUAACUCAGUGGCAUAUAAAGAAAGGGAGUAGGGAAGAAGGUGUGAGCUGCCUGAGACAUUUCCAUCUUGAACAGUGCUUAAAGUCAAGUAAGUGUGAAAUAAUUUUCUUUUCCUACUCAAGUGUGGACAUGUUCCAGCUCCUCUGCAGGAUGUGUUGUAAUGAUUUACUCUUUGCUGAAUUCCUGUGAAAGCAAUCCUUUGUAAUUUCAGAGCCUUGAUGUCGUGUUUAUAAAUGACCUGGCCCAGUAGAGUCAGCCGCUUGGCAGGGUUGUACUGGAGCUUACUUUUGAAGUGCAGCUGGUAAAUGGAAGGAUGAAGGGGUCAGGAAUUUCACUUCUGUGUCUGUGUCUUACACAGUUCUGUACAACCCAGAAUUCGUGGUUUACUUUGAAGCUCGGGCUUUUCUUCAGCAUUCUGGGAUGUGAGGAAGUACUGGCUGUAUGUAAUGAGUUUGUGAGGGUUUUGGUGUUGUACCUUUAUCCCCCAACUGAUCUGAGACAAUCACGGAGCAGAGAAGGCCUUAAGCUUGCAGUAGGAGUAGACAGGGGAGAUCGGCACAGCUGAACAGGGCACGGUUCUGCAGAAAAGAAGGCUUUUACAGGACCACACAGCAGGCCACGUAGAGGUAUUUGUAUUUUUCCGAGCCUCAGUUAGUAUUGAGCCGCUGGACUGACCUGCUUCCAGACUUCUUUUUGCCGGGGUGCUCCCCUUCCUCUGUCCCCAAGGCAAGGUGCCCCGGAGCCUGCGGUGCCAGCUGGCACGUCCUUCCCGCAGCAGCCCCGCGCCUGGCUCCUCCUGCUGUCCUUAUAACAGCCAGGAUGCAGCCAGCGUUCCCGUUCCAGCAGUUCCAUUGUGCCUGCUCAUCGACCUGCUGCCGCUGAGACCAAGUCAGACCAAGCUAGGAGAGGCUGAAGGGAUUGCUGUAAGUGAGAUGCUGCCUUCAAUCACUGCUGUGCCUGUAGCUGGCAAAGAUUGAAGCUUGUGUGCAACAGGCUGUCUCCUGCCAGGCUGAUGGCUGUUCAUCUUUUCCACUGCUCUGUUUAAUACUAACGCCUCUCUUCAGCACUACCUGCAGUAGAAUGAUUGAGGAGUAAUGCUGUCUUUUUUUGUUUAGGUUUUGAAAGACUGAGAAGUUUCUAGAGCCCAUUCUAGCAAGGAAGUUUCCUCCAAACAGUAACUAUUUCUGCUGCAAUGGACAAAGCACUUCACUUUAUGUUCUGUGUGGUUACAACUGUGCUGCUCCUGAGAGAAUCGAGCCAGACAGGAGCAAUGAGGAAUGAUGAUGCUAUGAUUAAGGCCAAUGACUUGAGGGGACCAGAAGAGAAUCUUCCAGUUUUGACUGUCACAACAAUCUUGGAAGACCCCUAUGUCAUGGUGAGAAGUGCAGAACUGGAGGGAUACUGCAUUGAUUUGCUGAAAGCACUUGCUUCAAUGCUUCACUUCAGCUACAAGGUGAAGGUGGUGGGAGAUGGGAAGUAUGGCACCAUCUCUUCCACUGGGAACUGGACGGGGAUGAUUGGAGAGAUUCUGAGACAGGAAGCGGACAUUGCAGUGGCUUCCUUGACAGUCACAUCAGCAAGGGAAGAGGUGGUCUCCUUCACGACGCCAUUCCUGCAGACUGGCAUUGGGAUCUUGCUUCGAAAGGACACUGUCUCUCAGGAGAUGUCUUUCUUCCACUUUCUGGCUCCUUUCAGUAAGGAGACCUGGACUGGCCUCCUAUUUGCUUAUGUGCUGACGUGUGUCUGCCUCUUCCUUGUUGCCAGGCUGAGCCCUUGUGAGUGGAAUGAGCCAAAGAAUGAAGAGAAUCACUUCACCUUCUUAAACAGCCUCUGGUUUGGAGCAGGAGCACUCACAUUGCAAGGUGUCACCCCUCGGCCCAAGGCGCUGUCUGUGCGGGUCAUCGCUGCCAUCUGGUGGCUCUUCACCAUAGCUUUGUUGGCUGCUUACAUCGCCAACUUCACCGCGCUGCUGAGCUCUGGCAGCGAGCAGCUCCCGAUCCAGACUUUUGAAGAUCUUGUGAAGCAAAGAAAGCUUGAGUUUGGGACACUGGAUGGCUCCUCCACUUUCAACUUCUUCAAGAACUCCAAGAAUCCCAUCCAUCAGAUGAUCUAUGAGUAUAUGGACAAGAGACGAGACCGCGUUUUAGUCAAAACCUACCAGGAAGCGGUUCAGCGCGUGAUGGAAUCCAAUUACGCCUUCAUUGGUGAAUCAAUCUCUCAAGACCUUGCAGCCGCCAGGCACUGCAAUUUGAUCAGAGCCCCUGAAGUUAUUGGAGCCGGAGGAUUUGGCAUUGCCACGGCCCAGGCAUCGCCAUGGACUAAGAAGCUAUCAGUUGCUGUCCUCAAACUGCGCGAGUCGGGUGACCUUGACUACUUGCGCAACAAGUGGUGGGAGUCCAGCUGCCUUCACAAAAGUAGAGAGAGAUGGAGUCCUCUGCAGCCCCAAGCUCUGGGUGGGCUCUUUCUUACUCUUGCAAUUGGCCUCGCAUUGGGAGUGAUUGCAGCUGUAGUGGAGCUGUCAAAUAAGAGCAGACGUGCUGCUGGACAGGUCAAGAAAUCUUGUUGCUCCAUUUUCACAGAAGAAAUGUGUACUCGUCUACGUAUAAAAGAAAAUACAAGACAAACCCAGGAGACUUCAGGAAGGGCUAAUGCUUAAAAAAAAUUCUUAAGGAAAGGGCAUAUAUGAAGGUUCUACCAUAUAUAUGUCAUAGGAGUUACAUCACUGUAGAAGGAUAUUUUUCUGCAAGACUAGAGUGUUAGUUUCCUAAUUACAAACACACAGCACUUCCGGGUUGAUGGUGGAGCUGGUCAUAGAAGAAAACCAAGCAGCCUGGAGGAAUUUAAAUUGAUAAGGGGUAGAAUGCAACUGCUAACAUUAAGGGAGGUUAAGCUGUGGGAUCACAUCUGUGUUUAAUUUAGAAGUUUACUGUGUAAGUGCAUGAAUGCCUAUAGGAGUAAGUGACUUGGGAUAGGUUAAUAUGAAGCCUCUGCAUACUCAUUAUAGAAUGAGAGGCAAUCUUGAAAAUUAAAGCUUUUAUCUGACUGUUCUAAUCAAGAAUAACUGCUUCUUAAGAUUUUAAUUAUAAACAGACUGUACUUUUUCCCCUCUUCUAGGCAAAUGACAGUGAUCACUGUGAAGGUCAUUUCUGAAUCAGAAAGGACAUUACUUUCAUCCCAAUAAUGCAGGAUUUAACUGUAUUCUAUAUAGAGACCUAAAAUCUGAGAAAGGGAAACCUUGCAAUGAAGGAACUAGAUUUAAGAAACGUCUGUUUUUCAUCAGAAGAGAGGUUUCCUUGUUUAGCUACAGAGGACAGUUUGUCUGAGUUAUCCUGACUGGGAAGUACUUAGAAAUAAGAUUCAUACUUAAAAUCCAAGAGCAGCAGAACACGAACAUCGGCAAACAAAGUCAGUUAAAGAAAGUACAAAUUCAGUAGGCAAGGGAGAUGAGUGAAAGGCAUUUUGUGUUAUUUUCUUGCUGUCAGAGAAGGAUCUUUGAAAUUCAUGGGAAACAGUUACUUUGGUUACAUAUUAAAUAGUUUUCUAAUUAA